AUGCUAGCCAUGCUAGGCUCCAUCGGUAUGGCCAUGAUUAUACUGGCCUGUGCACUUCCAGCGUACAACUUAUGGUGGCCAAUUUUCGUCGUACUGUUCUACAUAAUAUGUCCCUUGCCGACGAUGAUUGCAAAGCGAAACAACGUGGAAGAUCCUGCACGUGCAGCAAACGCAAUGUUUGCUACGAUCGGUAUCGUUAUGAGCAGUUUCGCCCUACCCAUUGUUCUGGCCCGUGCAGAAGUGAUUCAAUGGGGCGCCUGUCUUCUUACGCUGGCGGGUAACGUUGGCGCGUUUGCGACCAUUUUGGCGUACUACUUCGGUUUCGAAUCGAGCGACUCGGGCAUGUGGUGA